AUGAGUUACAACCAGUAUUCCGGCUAUGGAGGGAACCCAUACGGCGGCGAGCAGCAGGGUGGACAGGGUGGUUAUGGAGCUUCCAAUCCAUACGCGAGCGAUGCUGGAAACCCCUACGGCGGCGGAAACUAUGGGCAAGGUCAAACCACCCACCAGACAACUCAGCCGGCCGGCCUACAACCACCUCACGCAAUGCAACAUCAGACGAGCACAUACUCUGCGCAAACGCAAGACUCCAACUAUAGCGAACCUCAACACACCGGCACACAGUACGGCGCACCCGUCGGCGCACCGCCAAUGCCUCACGAUGGUGCCAAUGGCCAAAACGUCCAAUACGUCCAAGCAAGCCGCAAUCUGCUCUCAAACUCAGACUUCCUCUCCCGGGUCGAAGCCGUGAAAGCCGAUAUUCGCACCCUCACCACCCACGUUGGCCAGAUAGCCUCUGCUCACCAACGUACUCUCUCUUCACCCGACGCCAGCUCCUCGCAACAACUCGAGUCCAUGAUUACACAGACACAGGUCCUCAACACGUCAAUCAAAGACCAGAUCAAAUUCCUAGAGACAGAUGCCGUGCGAUCGAAGGACAACCAGGUGAAGAACACGCAGGUCGGACAGCUGAAGACGAGUUUCACCAAGCAGCUGCAGGAGUAUAGGGUCGAGGAGGCGAAUUAUGAGAGGCGGUAUAGAGAGCAGAUUGCGCGGCAGUAUAGGAUUGUGAACCCGGAGGCUUCGGAUUCUGAGGUGCAGGAGGCUGCGGAUGCGGAUUGGGGCAAUGAGGGUGUUUUCCAGACUGCUCUCAAAACCAACCGCUCAGCAACUGCCAACACCGUGCUCGGCGCCGUCCGCGCCCGCCACAACGAUAUCCAGAAGAUCGAACGCACGCUCAUCGAACUCAACCAGCUUAUGGAAGAUCUUGCCACCGCGAUCGUACUGCAAGAGGAACCUAUCCAGCAGACCGAGAUGGCGACCGCGAAUGUUCAAAAGGAUACCGAGGCAGGAAACGUGCAGCUUGACAAGGGCAUCAAGAGUGCGCGAAACGCGCGAAAGCUGAAGUGGUGGUGCUUUUUCAUUGUAUUGGCUAUCAUUAUUAUUCUCGGGUUGGUGCUGGGGCUGUACUUUGGCCUGAAUGCUAAGAAGAAGCCUUAG